UUAUUUAAUGUUCAUUUAUUUCUCCUAGCAUUCUCCGUCAGAACCCUUCCUAGAAAAAACAGUGCCAGACAUGUCUCAGGUUAGUGGACCGAAUGCCCAGCUCUUGAAAAGUGAUGAUUACCUUCCCUCAAUUGAGCUGCAAUCACAGCAAAAGAAAAAGAAAAAGAAAAACAAUCAUAUUGUUGCAGAAGGUCCCAGCAAAGGAUUUGGAAAGGAAGGCUUUCCUGGUGGCCUUGACAACCAGGAUUCUACUAGAAAAGGCCUAGAAGGCUCCCAGGAAGAAAAAAAGAAAAAGAAGAAACCUAAGGUGAAAAAGGAUCCGAAGGAUUUGAAGGAACCCAAGGAGAAGAAGGAGCCUAAGGAACCCAAGACACCCAAAAACCCCAAAAUCCCCAAAGAGCCAAAGGAGAAGAAAGUAAAACAUACUACACCAAAACCCAAGACCAGCAAAAAAGCAAGUAACAAGAAAGCAGAAUCGGAAUCUAGUGCAGUGAAGAAAAAGGUCAACAAGGGAAAGGAAGGUUCUGAAAACUCAGAUGUGGAAAAAACACCACUAGGAUCACCACAUCCUGAAGAGGAAGAUGAUGCAGGAAUUCAGAAGAGGCGUUCUAGCAGGCAAGUUAAAAGAAAGCGUUAUACAGAAGACUUGGAAUUCAAGAUUUCUGAUGAAGAAGUUGAUGAUGCAGAUGCUGCGGGAAGAAACUCCCCUUCAAAUAAUUCUCAGUCCGAGCAACAGGAAUCUUCUGAUGCUGAAGGUCCUGUAGUAGAAAAAAUUUUGAGUAGCCGCAUAAUCAAGAAACAGAUGGAGAAUGGAGAAGAAACACUAUCAGAAGAAUUCUAUGUAAAAUACAAAAACUUCUCUUACCUCCAUUGUCAAUGGGCCUCUGUGGAACUACUGGACAAAGACAGGAGAAUUCAACAGAAGAUUAAAAGAUUUAAAGCAAAGCAGGUUCAAAAUAAGUUCCUUUCAGAGAUAGAUGAUGAACUUUUUAAUCCAGAUUAUGUUGAAGUUGACCGAAUAAUGGAUAUUUCACACAGCAAAGACGAUAGUGGAGAGCCCGUGAUUCAUUAUUUGGUGAAAUGGUGUUCACUUCCAUAUGAAGACAGCACAUGGGAAUUAAAGAAAGACAUAGAUCAAGCUAAGAUUGAGGAAUAUGAGAAACUAGUGGCUAGGGAGCCAGAAACAGAACGUGUGGAGCGACCUCCUGCUGAUGACUGGAAGAAAUCAGAAUGUUCCAGAGAAUAUAAAAACAACAACAAACUCAGGGAAUACCAGUUGGAAGGAGUAAACUGGCUUCUUUUCAACUGGUACAACACACGCAACUGCAUUUUAGCAGAUGAAAUGGGAUUGGGAAAAACUAUCCAGUCCAUUACAUUUCUCUAUGAGAUAUAUUUAAAAGGAAUCCAUGGUCCAUUUUUGGUUAUUGCCCCAUUGUCUACAAUCCCCAAUUGGGAAAGAGAAUUCCGUACCUGGACAGAGUUGAACGUUGUUGUGUAUCAUGGGAGCCAAGCCAGUCGAAGGAUGAUUCAGACAUAUGAAAUGUACUUCAAAGACCCACAGGGUCGUGCAAUUAAAGGAUCAUACAGAUUUCAUGCCAUCAUUACAACAUUUGAAAUGAUUUUGACUGAUUGUCCUGAGCUCCGUAACAUUCCAUGGCGAUGUGUGAUCAUUGAUGAAGCUCACAGGCUGAAGAACAGAAAUUGUAAGCUGCUAGAAGGGCUCAAAAUGAUGGACCUGGAACACAAGGUGCUUCUAACAGGGACUCCUUUGCAAAAUACUGUAGAAGAGCUUUUUAGCUUGCUCCAUUUCUUGGAACCAAGUCGUUUUCCUUCAGAAACCACUUUCAUGCAAGAAUUCGGUGAUCUAAAAACUGAGGAACAGGUUCAGAAACUUCAAGCAAUUUUAAAACCAAUGAUGUUGAGACGACUGAAAGAAGAUGUGGAGAAGAACCUGGCACCCAAGGAAGAAACUAUUAUUGAAGUUGAAUUGACAAACAUUCAGAAAAAAUACUACAGAGCUAUUCUUGAAAAGAAUUUCGCAUUUUUGUCAAAAGGAGGUGGUCAAGCAAAUGUCCCUAAUCUGUUAAACACUAUGAUGGAACUGAGAAAAUGUUGCAACCAUCCAUACCUUAUAAAUGGUGCUGAAGAGAAAAUUUUGGAAGAGUUUAAAGAAACACACAAUCCUGACUCUCCAGAUUUUCAGCUCCAGGCAAUGAUCCAGGCUGCUGGCAAGCUAGUACUGAUUGACAAGUUGCUGCCAAAAUUGAAGGCUGGUGGCCACAGAGUGCUUAUCUUUUCCCAGAUGGUGCGCUGCUUGGACAUACUGGAAGACUACCUCAUUCAAAGACGAUAUCCUUAUGAACGAAUAGAUGGCAGAGUAAGAGGCAACCUUCGUCAAGCAGCUAUUGAUAGGUUUUCCAGACCUGAUUCUGACAGAUUUGUUUUUCUACUAUGCACAAGAGCAGGUGGCUUGGGGAUUAAUCUUACAGCUGCUGAUACCUGCAUUAUUUUUGAUUCAGAUUGGAAUCCUCAGAAUGAUCUUCAGGCUCAAGCUCGAUGCCACAGGAUAGGACAGAGCAAAUCUGUGAAGAUCUACAGAUUAAUAACAAGGAAUUCUUAUGAAAGGGAAAUGUUUGACAAAGCAAGCUUAAAACUUGGUCUUGAUAAAGCUGUGCUUCAAUCCAUGAGCGGAAGAGAGAAUGCUACAAAUGGGGUUCAGCAGCUCUCCAAAAAGGAAAUAGAGGAUCUUUUGAGGAAAGGAGCUUAUGGUGCUUUAAUGGAUGAAGAAGAUGAAGGAUCCAAAUUUUGUGAAGAGGAUAUAGAUCAAAUUCUUCUGAGACGAACACACACAAUCACAAUUGAGUCUGAGGGAAAAGGCUCCACAUUUGCAAAGGCUAGUUUUGUUGCAUCUGGUAACAGAACAGAUAUUUCUUUAGAUGAUCCUAAUUUCUGGCAGAAAUGGGCAAAAAAAGCUGAGCUUGAUAUUGAAGCCUUAAAUGGAAGGAACAAUCUAGUUAUUGAUACUCCAAGAAUAAGAAAGCAAACUAGAUUAUACAGUGCAGUCAAAGAAGAUGAACUGAUGGAAUUUUCAGACCUUGAAAGUGAUGCUGAAGAAAAACCUAGCAUAAAACUUCGUAGGCCACAGGACAAAUCCCAGGGAUAUGCAAGGAGUGAAUGCUUUAGAGUAGAAAAAAAUCUGUUAGUCUAUGGUUGGGGACGAUGGACUGAUAUCCUUUUACAUGGACGUUAUAAGCGCCAGCUAACUGAGCAAGAUGUGGAAACUAUUUGCCGAACUAUCCUUGUAUAUUGUCUCAAUCAUUAUAAAGGGGAUGAGAAUAUCAAAAGUUUUGUCUGGGAUUUGAUUACUCCAACGGCAGAUGGACAAACUCGGGCCUUAGUUAAUCAUUCUGGCUUGUCUGCUCCAGUGCCCCGGGGGAGAAAAGGCAAAAAAGUAAAAGCUCAGAGUUCACAACCAGUGCUUCAGAAUGCUGACUGGCUAACCAGCUGUAAUCCAGAUGCCUUGUUUCAGGAGGACAGCUAUAAGAAACAUCUCAAACAUCACUGUAAUAAGGUCCUGCUGCGUGUCCGCAUGCUGUACUAUCUGAGGCAAGAAGUUAUAGGGGACCAAGCUGACAAGAUCUUAGAGGGUUCUGAUUCAAGUGAGAUUGAUAUUUGGAUUCCUGAACCAUUUCAUGCAGAAGUUCCUAUGGAUUGGUGGGAUAAAGAGGCAGAUAAAUCUCUUUUAAUUGGAGUAUUCAAACAUGGCUAUGAGAAGUACAAUUCUAUGAGAGCAGACUCUACUCUAUGUUUUUUGGAAAGGGUUGGCAUGCCUGAUGCCAAGGCCAUUGCUGCUGAGCAGAGAGGGACAGAUCUAUUAACAGAUGGUGGUGAUGGAGGUGAUUUUGAUAGAGAAGAUGAAGACCCAGAAUAUAAACCAACCAGAAUUCCAUUCAAGGAUGAAAUUGAUGAAUUUGCAAACUCACCUUCUGACAAGGAAGAAUCUCUAGAGCUCCUCCAUGCAGGCAAGCACAGUGACAAUACUGCUGAUUUUGGUCAACUCUACUGGCCAAGCACUUCAACCCUGACUACUCGGUUGCGCCGUCUCAUUACUGCAUAUCAACGUAGUUAUAAAAGGCAACAAAUGAGGCAAGAAGCACUAAUGAAGACUGACCGGCGUCGACGACGACCUCGUGAAGAAGUGAGAGCACUGGAAGCAGAAAGAGAAGCUAUAAUAACAGAAAAACGUCAAAAGUGGACAAGAAGAGAGGAAGCAGAUUUUUAUCGUGUUGUAUCUACUUUUGGAGUUAUUUUUGACCCUAUAAAGCAACAGUUUGAUUGGAACCAGUUCAGAGCUUUUGCCAGACUUGAUAAGAAAUCUGAUGAAAGUUUGGAGAAGUACUUCAGUUGUUUUGUAGCUAUGUGCAGGCGCGUGUGUCGAAUGCCAGCCAAACCAGAUGAAGAACCUCCUGAUCUUUCUACUAUGAUUGAGCCUAUCACUGAAGAACGUGCUUCUAGAACUUUAUAUCGUAUAGAACUCUUGAGAAAAGUCCGAGAGCAGGUUCUCCAUCAUCCACUAUUGGCAGAGAGGCUAAAAUUGUGUCAGCCAAGUUUGGAUUUACCAGAAUGGUGGGAGUGUGGCAAACACGAUAAAGAUUUAUUGAUUGGAGCUGCUAAACAUGGAGUCAGCAGGACAGAUUAUCACAUUCUAAAUGAUCCUGAACUUUCUUUUCUUGAUUCUCAUAAAAAUUUUGCUCAAAAUAGAGGUGGUGGUAAUCUAACUACCAUAUCUCUAUUAAAUCCACUGGGUGUUUGCUGUGGUCAGUCAAUGUCUAUUGUCCCAACCUCACUAGUACAAGAUGAAAAACUUACAGAACAAGCUGAGGUUAAAGUGGAAGGAGCUGAAAAAGUACCAGCCAUAGAAAAGUCUGGCAAUGAGGAGGAGGAGAUAGAGGGAGCAGAUGUUGCAGUAAAAAGUGAUAAGGAGGAGGAGGCUGAGGUUAAGGUUGUUCCUGUAAAAUGUGAAAUAAAAGAUACAGAACUGAGUACAGAAGUUGAUCCUAAAUCAAUUUCCGAAAAAGGUUCGGAAGAUGAUGAAGAAGAAAAACUUGAUGAUGAUGACAAGUCAGAAGAAUCUUCACAACCUGAAGGAAUGAUUUCUCGGAAUAAGAAUUUUGAUGAAGAAAGCAAUGCAUCCCUGAGCACUGCAAGGGAUGAAACGCGUGAUGGAUUUUAUAUGGAAGAUGGAGACCCAUCCGUAGCCCAGCUGCUUCAUGAAAGAACAUUUGCUUUUUCUUUUUGGCCUAAGGAUCGAGUAAUGAUCAACCGAUUAGACAGCAUCUGUGAAGCAGUGCUGAAGGGAAAGUGGCCAGUAAAUAGACGCCAGAUGUUUGAUUUCCAGGGGCUUAUACCAGGGUAUACGCCAGCAGCUGUGGACAAUACUCUACAGAAAAGAAGCUUUGCUGAACUCUCCAUGGUUGGUCAGGCCAGCAUCAGUGGCAGUGAAGAUGUCUCUGUAUCGCCUCAAUUAUCUAAGGAAGAUGUACUCAAUUUAUCAGUUCCACGUCAGCGGAGGAGGCGGAGGAGGAAGAUUGAAAUUGAGGCUGAAAGGGCAGCCAAGAGGAGAAAUUUAAUGGAAAUGGUUGCCCAAUUGCGAGAAUCAAAGAUUGUCUCUGAAAAUGGGCAAGAAAAAAUUGUAGACUUAUCAAAAGCCUCAAGGGAGGCAACAAGUUCUACCUCAACUUUUUCAGCUGUUCCUUCAAAGUUUCUGUUACCUACUGUUUCGACACCAGUGUCUGAUGUCUUUAAAAGUCAAAUGGAGCUGCUACAAGCAGGCCUUUCUCGCACACCCACAAGACAUCUGCUAAAUGGUUCCUUAAUUGAUGUCGAGCCACCCAUGAAAAGGAGAAGAGGAAGAAGGAAAAACGUGGAAGGUCUUGAUCUUUUAUUUAUAAGCGGCAAGCAAGCCUCUCUAACAGCAGAAGAUGCAGAAGUGACCAAAGUGUUUGAUGAAGAAAUGGAACCUCCUCCAGCAAGAAACAUUCCAUCUCCUGGGCAACUGGAUCCUGAUACUCAUAUUCCUGUCAUUAAUAUGGAAGAUGGGACCAGACUAGUAGGAGAAGAGGCACCUAAAAACAAGGAUUUAAUUGAAUGGCUUAAAUUGCAUCCCAUGUAUACUCUUGAUAUGCCAAGUUAUGUACCAAAGAGUGCAGAUGUGCUGUUUUCCCCAUUUCAAAAACCGAAGCAAAAACGGCACAGAUGUCGAAAUCCUAAUAAAUUGGAUAUUAACACCUUAACUGGAGAAGAGAGGGUUCCUGUUGUAAAUAAACGGAAUGGGAAGAAGAUGGGUGGUGCUAUGGCCCCACCAAUGAAAGACUUGCCAAGAUGGCUGGAAGAAAAUCCAGAAUUUGCUGUUGCUCCAGAUUGGACUGACAUUGUUAAGCAGUCUGGUUUUGUUCCAGAAUCCAUGUUUGACCGUCUUCUCACAGGUCCUGUGGUGCGGGAAGAAGGUGCAAGCAGAAGAGGGAGAAGGCCAAAAAGUGAAAUUGCCAAAGCAGCUGCAGCUGCUGCUGCUGUAGCUUCAACAUCGGGAAUUAACCCACUGAUAAUGAACAGUCUGUUCGCUGGAAUGGAUCUCGCAAGCCUUCAGAAUUUACAAAACCUACAAUCUCUUCAGCUUGCAGGUCUCAUGGGCUUCUCUCCAGGACUGGCGACACCUGCUGCUGCUGCUGGAGGUGAUUCUAAAAAUCCAGCUGCUAUUCUGCCUCUGAUGUUGCCAGGUAUGGCAGGGUUGCCCAAUAUGUUUGGACUAGGUGGAUUGUUGAAUAACCCAAUAACAGCUGCUUCUGGAAACACCACUAUGGCUUCCAGUCAAGGAGAAAGUGAAGAUGGCACUUCAAAUGAAGAAGAAAAAAAGAACGAGAAUGAAGAGGAGAACAAAGACUCUGAGAAAAGCACAGACAUUGUUUCAGCUACUGACUCUGCAAAUGGAUCUGUUGGUGCAACUGCUGCUAUGGCCUCUGCUACCACCACAAGCAACACUGGAUUGCCUGCCAACCCUCUAACUUUCAAUCCUUUCCUUCUGUCAACAAUGGCCCCUGGUCUGUUUUACCCUUCUAUGUUUCUACCUCCGGGAUUGGGAGGAUUGACACUACCUGGUUUCCCAGCAUUAGCGGGACUUCAGAAUGCAGUGGGCUCCAGUGAAGUGAAGGUUACAGAUAAAACCGAAGAAGCUGCCUUUAAAGAUGAAGAAAAUCUAGAGGGCAGUGAUGCAGAGGGGAGCCUUGAUAAAACUGCAAAUUCCUCUGCUUUAGAAGAUGAAAUAGCACAGGGUGAAGAAUUAGACUCACUUGAUGGGGGGGAUGAAAUAGAAAACAAUGAAAAUGAUGAAUAAGCAGUACAAGUUACUGUUCAAGUGUUUUAAACUUUUGACAAGUGGUAGUCCUACUGUUUACACUCACAGUUAAUGUCCAUACUUAGUUUUAUAAGCUGUUCUGUAACAUAGUGUAGCAAACAAAAAGUCAUGUUAUACAGAUGAGUCGAAAGGUAUCUUGGUCAUUAAGUAUUGUGCAGUGCAUUAUUUAUUAUACCUAGAAGAGAUGAAAUGGAGAGGUGACCUUAUCUUUUUAAGGAAAUUGAUAUAAUGCUCUGCUUUUUUUCCUUUUGGUACCAUUGGUAUUAUAAAGCAGCAACUUGUAAUAGAGUGGCACUAAAUAGAAGGAAGUGCUGCUGAAAGGAAGUAUGAAGUUAUAUAUUUAAUUAUUAAUUUUUAAUUUUUUGCUGUGAAGGUCAAGAUAAAUUUUAACAUGCAUAUCAUUCAUACAUAUCAUUUUGACUGUAUGGAAGUUCACCCGUGCACAUAUAUGCACAUGCACACCCAUACAUAUACACACACAUUCUCUGACAAUCUCCAUGAUAGUGUGAAUGUCUCUCUGUCUUGAGACACAGCAAUAAUAAGGCAGCUGUUGAAUGUGAAGAGUACCUUUUGGAAAUUACCCAUUGAAAAGGUUCUUGCAGGAUAAAACUACAGUUAAAUCGUCUCGUGAUUUUGUAAUGCACUGGUAAAACAAUUUUUUUUAAAAAUCAGGUACCUUUUUAAAUUAAAGGACUUUGUUACUUUAGCCACAAAGCUAAACAGAUUACCUCAACUCUAAAGUAGCCUUGAAGUUUACAGACAUGACUUUGUAAAUGUAUUUGUUUUUCUUUUUUUUGUGAUGUCUUUUUAUCCCCCCUUCCCCACCUUGGAAAUUGCUAUCAUGUAAGAUAAGAUGUAAAUUGCUGCCAACUGUAGUAAUGAUGCUUUUAAUAAAAGUGACUCAUGAUA